GCCAAACCAAAAAAAGAAUCUCAAUUACAGCGACGCGUGUAAAAUAUUGAAUUUUUUCUUUUCGAAACGCCUUUUUUGUAUAUCGAUUUGUAUUAUUGCAUUCAAACUUUACGACUUAUUCCAAAUAAAUUUGAUUAGAUAUGAGCUCUACAACAGUACCUGUACCAAUUUCAUCGGAAGAUGACCGAUGGAUAAGCAUUCAUAAACGGUUUUUGAGUGAAUGUCGAGAAAAGGAUGCGGAGGUCAUAUUUAUUGGAGAUUGUGUUUUAGAAACUCUUCAACACACUGCAAGUUGGAAUCAGUAUUUUGCCCCAAUGCAUUCGUUGAAUUUUAGCAUUUAUUCAGAUGAAACACAAAAUACCCUUUGGCGUAUUCAAAAUGGUGCACUUGAUAAUGUCAAACCAAAAAUCGUUGUUUUAUUGGUCGGGACGAACAAUAUCACUAACACCGCUGAAGAAGUGGCGGAAGGAAUAUUUGAAAUUGUUAAAAAUAUUCGAGAAAAACUACCUGAUGCCUACAUUGUUUUACCGACGCUUCUACCUCGUGGUCAACAACCAAAUAGACUUCGCGAAAAAAAUCAACAAGUGAAUAAAUUGAUUGCCGAAAAGUAUUCGACAAACCGAGAGGACAAAGUGCAAACUGUACAAAUCGACAAAGGACUGGUACAGGCUGAUGGAACAAUAAGCCACCAUGACAUGUUCGACUAUUUAAAUCUAACGAAUACUGGCUAUAAAAAAGUAUUCGAACCGAUCUACGAUCUGCUUUCUCAAAUUCUCAAUGAAAACGAACCGGAAAAGGAUCUCACACCAUCUGAAUAAACGUCAUCUGAUCAAGGGCAUUUUUAAUCAUUUAUUCGUGCAAAUCUUAUCGCUUGUGAAAAUAAAACAAAAAAAUAAUUCCAUUCAGUUUACAAACUAUUGUGCAAAAAAAAAAAACAUUUACAACGCUAAAAUUCAACUAGCUAAACGCAUUCGAAGCUUCGUGAUUAGAAAAUUAAGUAUCUAUUUAUUUUUUACGUUUGAAAUUAUCUUUAUUUUCUUCAAAUAUUUUAAGGUACACUGCAAUAUCAUUCCAAUUGAAUUGUGAACGAUAUACAAUAGCUUAAAGCAAGAUUUUUGGUCUUCAUAUUUUUUAGGCAAAUGAAAUGAAUUAUUCAAUUAUAUGAAAUGAGUGUGAUUUUUUCUCGUUUCGGUACCUAUGAGAUUUUUUUUGUUAGUAUUUAGUUAUGUUUAUUACAUUUAAUACUUUAUUUCUCAUUUUGAAAUCAAGAAGCCAAAAUGUUAACAAAGGAAACAUGGAGACAACGGCAAACAAACUAAUAAGGCACCAUUGUUAGAAAUAAGUUUAAACCACGAAGUAGGCUUUUUCCUCUUUUUUUUCCCUCAAUACACAAAAUAGCUUAGCUUCGCAUUGAACGAAUUGAAAAAAAAAAACAAUGCAUUCCAAUCAUUUGUUAACUAAAAUUGUAUUAUGAGUAUUUCAUUGGGAAUUGCUCAGUGAAUAUCAUAAAAAUUGGAAUUUUGUCAUACAUUUGAUAUUUUUUUAUUCAAAGAUAACAAUACAUCAUAAUAUACUCGCUCAAAGACGCUAAAAUAUUUUUGAAAUAGCUGAUUGAUAAAAAUGAACUAAGAAAAUGUUUAUGUGAGAGAUGCACUAUUUUCAUUGGAAAAUUUAAAU